UUCUGUUUGACUCACCCUGAAGUAAGUUCCAAUUUGAAGUUCAGAUCAUUCCCCCGCUAAUCAACAAAAACAUCAUCAUCCUCGUCACCGUCGGAGAAAAUUAAAUCAACUUCAACAAUGACCGACGGUGAUCUGCAGAGGAUCGAGGGGGAGCUAGAAAAGAGGCGAACAUUCUGCAGGAGGAGAGUCCACGAGGCGGUCUCCACAGAGGAUUUAAAAGCUUUGCUGCAGGAAAUGUACGCAGACUGGAUCAAAAAUGACGGCUAUGAAAAGGAUAUGGAAGUCCUUGGUUUCACCGCCCACAUUGAAUUAGCAGAGACUGUGUCACAUUUCAUCCCAGAUAGGACCAGUCGACUGUUGGACUGUGCAUCUGGAACCGGUCUCCUUGGGCAAGAGCUUAAGAAACGCGGUUUCCUUCGCAUUGAUGCUCUUGACGCAUCUAAGGAAUCUCUAGAUUACAGCCGGGAGAAACAGGUAUACACUGAUUACCUCUGUGAGUAUCUGGGACCCAAUCGCCUGGCCAUUGACGAUGAUACCUAUGACGGAAUCUGCAUGUGUGCUGCUAUGGGGAAAGCCCACGUCCGUCCCGACUGUUUCCCAGAACUGGUUCGCAUCACUAAACCAGGAGGAUACAUUAUUUUCAAUGUGCGUGGAGAAAACCUCACCAUUGACGACGUUCUUAAGAACGGCCGGUUGGAUGACGUCAUUCACAAGAUGGCCGCCAAAGGAAAGUUUGAAUAUCUGGAGAAGAAGCGACAAAUGUACAUGCAGUGCAAAUGCAAUGGUAAAACGGAGUACUGCUACGCGUUUGUUUUGAGGGUGAUGUGAAAUAAUGUACAACCCACAACCCAAGCAACUAUUCAGCAACUUGUUGAACCCUCUUUUCUGAUUAUGUUUGAGUUUUUGUGACUGGGUAAAUGGGGAUUGGAUUUGAAGGGUUGGGUGAUACUGAGAGGUUAAAUAUCUUGAACACUUUUGUAACAAAUACUUUAAAAUACGCUGACGUGCAUUAUCAUAGAGUUGCAAAACAGGAGCAUCCUAUUAUGAACACCAUUAUAGGGCCCUACCGACUCCCAUGAAAAUUAUCGCACUCCAUUUCUGCCGUUUAUCAUUUUUGAACUAGUAGUGGCAAUAUAUAACUUCGGAUUUUGUAUUUUAUGUACAUGUAUAAUGUGUUUUCCGUUGUGUUGUGUUUUUCAAAGGGAGAUAACGUGAUAUCAAAUUUAAUUGUAUUUUUGUAUUCCCCGAUCAAAACGAUUGAAAAACAACAUAAUUAAGUGCACCCUAUUCGCUCUUUUCACACUUCCGCCAUGGGCAUGCACAGCCUCGAUCUGGCAACUUUACACAAUUACUAUAGCCGGUUCAGUGUUUUCCGUGUCGGGGCUCAGAUCACUAAACCGGCUAUUUUUAUUGUGUAAAGUUGCCAGAUCGAGGCUCUGCAUGCCCAAUGGCGGAGCGCGAAAAGAGCCAAUAGCCCCUGAACCAUUAUUUUGAACUCUCCUGAUACAUAGAGUUUACGAAAUCUUGGCUUCGUCUCACGUUCGGCUGCAGUCGAGUCAAGCUUCAUCCCUUAGUACUGCCGAGUACUUAGAUUGCCGAGUACCAUUCAAGUCCGAGUACUUUGCCAACCGAGUACAAGUACCAAACUGGUCUCCGAGCACAAUUACUUGUACUUCCGAGUACGAGUACGAGUACGAGGAGUACGAGUACGAGUACGAGGAGUACGAGUACUUGUAUUUCUAAGUACGAGUCCGAGUACUUGUUAAUCGAACGACCAUUUUGAGGAACACGUCGGCGUUUCACGUAUGUUCCCGACCAUUAUGACCGUUUGGUCGAUUACGUCCGACAACAGAUUUUGACGAGCAAUGGCCAAUUAUGUCCGACCCAUUGUGUCCGACGGCCGAUUAUGUCCGACCCAUUGUGUCCGACGGCCGAUUAUGUCCGACUCAUUAUGUCCGACGGCGAUUAUGUCUGACCCAUUGUGUCCGACGACAGAUUAUGUCCGACCCAUUGUGUCCGACUGCCAAUUAUGUCCGACCCAUUGUGUCCGACGGCCGAUUAUGUCCGACUCAUUGUGUCCGACCCUUUGUCCAACGGCCGAUUAUACCCGACCCAUUAUGUCCGACAGCCGAUUAUGUCCUACCCAUUGUGUCCGACGACAGAAUACGUCCAACCUAUUGUAUUUAGUUGGUCGAUUACGCCGGAUUCGUUCGGUUGUGUACUGACAUUAUUAAAUUAUCUUUGGAUUGUAACUGCAGAUAUUUGGCUAUAGCGCCAUCGCAGAUUUGUAAUUUGAAAAACUAUAGGUAGAAUAGGAACUUCUAAUUUUUUUAAAUGGAUGUCAUUGCUUGUUAUUAUACCUAUAUUUUUUUUCGAAGGACAAAUCUGCAAUGGCCCUAUAGCCAAAUAUCUUUCUCAAGACAUGCCAUGCCAAUUUCCCUGCUUAUAUCAUCAAAUGAACAAUUGCAUCACUGUUCCCAUUUUAAUAUUGAAGUGUAUUCACGUUUUUACUUGAAGUUUCGUUUUAAUACUUCAAACUCUUGUUAUUAUUAUUAUUACUAUGUAGUUCUUGUUUUGUAGUUAAAACUUAUUAUGUAGUUAAAAUUUAUUGAAGUCUUUCAAUACUUAUUGUAGUUGGCGAGAUUCUUUGUUUACUUCAUCGUCAUCAACAGCAUCAACCCUUGUUAUCAUUUUUUCUUGUAACCGUCUAUACAAAAAAAUCUGGGCACUGUAAGACAAAUCUGGUUUAAUCAGUACUUUUUAUUAAUGAAAAUAAUACCAUUUAGUGAAAGGAGAUGGGUCAUACAUAAAACCACAGUUUUGAUUUGCAUUACAUUUGAUUUAACAGUAAGAAGUAUCUAAAGAAAUAAGUUCGGUCAUCGUUGUAGUUUUAAUGGUCAAAUUCUUUGGUUUUUCUUUGAUUUUCCUCUGCCAGCGUUAACGGUACAUUUGUAUCGGCUUUUCUGUAAAACCGGUAUACCUUUUGGUUAAUCGUUUGAUUUAUAUUUUGAGUAAAUAUCAAACCGGUAUGAUAAUGUCGAUGUUGAUGAUAAUAAUGUUGACAGUGGAUGAUUUGUAUAUAUACUCUUGAUGGUGGCAUUGAUGGCUUGUGCGUUAAGCGCUCGCCUCUCACCAAGGUGACCACGAUUCGAAUCCUGGCCGCGGAUCGCAUGUGAGUAGAGUUGUGCGUUGGUUCUCUCCUGUGCCACGAGGGAUUUUCUCCGGGCCCUCCG